AUGGCGACUUCUAAUUCAGCCCAGAUAAUUCAGUUCCCUAUUGGAUGUCAGCUCUGUCAGAGCACAAAUACAAUUCAGUGGAAAUGUGUGAAUUGUCAGCUUUUAAUGUGCACCAGUUGUAUAGAUAACAUACAUCUCAGGAUUGCUAAACACCAUUCAGUUAUACAUAUUGAUGACAUAGGGGAAUUAGAUUCAGGAGAAAGUUUUAAUUUCAGUGAUGGCCUUUGCAAUCAACAUGCAAAUCAGGUUUGCUGCUCAUAUUGCAGAACAUGUAAAACAGUUGUCUGUUUGAAAUGUGUUAUGACAUUGCAUAAUGGACACGAGUUUGUAGAAGAAGAGGAAUUUUUAAGUAAAAAGAAAAAGAUAUGGGAGGGAAACAAAAAUGCGUUGAAAAAAUUAGAUGAUCUGUAUACAACAGAAGCCAAAUUGAGAAAGAUAAAAGAAUCGGAGGAUACCAUGUAUAAUAAAGCAAAAGAAAAUAUUCAGAAUAGAGCGACAACUGAUUGGGAAUACUGGUCUAAAAAACUUCUUGAAUUAGAGGUGAAAAAGCUAUCUGUUAAUCAGGGAAUUGAAAGAGAAUUAAGAAACUUAGACAGAGAGAAAGAAAAGUUUCAAGAGGCGAUUAAUAUUGUAGAUGUAAUAAAAAGUUCUAAAGAUGUUUGUCAGUUCUUUGAAAAGUUUGACGAGGUGAUUACUUCAUUGAACUGUGAACUUGUUCCUUUUAAAUCAAACUUUGGAUCUAUAUCAGACUUUGUUGAAGGGGAAUAUUUAGAAAGUAAAUUAAGUCAGCAAAAAAGAAAUAAUUCAAAAGAAAAAAAUAGUUUUAAAGUUGUUAACCAGUAUACUACUGAUAUAAUGAGCAUUCAUUUUCUAACGGAGUUAUCUGAUCAAACACUGUUGAUGUCUGACAGUCAAUCAAAAGUAAUACAGCAUGUUAAAUUAGAAGUAAACACUGUCCAAGUGAUAUCUAACUUUAAUAUCCAGAUACAAGGCAUGACAAUCAGUCCAUUUGGUGACAUACUUUUAUCAACUUAA